AUGGUGAUUAAGGACAGCCAGCGUUUCCACAGCCGGGUUGCACAAGGGCUGGUCCGGGGUGUGGAUGUCACUGGCCAAGUCUCGCAAGUGGAUAGCAUUGUAUCUGAAACGCUCCGGACGUCCAGGGCUCUCGCUCGAUCGGUUGAAGUCGAGGGUGCACGAUCAGUAGGCUGGUGUGAGCGGGCACUCGCAGGCGAGAGGCGCUGUGGUCCCGCUGGUGAACAGCCUCAGUGCAGUUGGGGUUGGCCAUGCGUAAGUGUCGCCGUCGGCAGCCGUUGCUGCUGCUGCUGCUUUGCAACUGUGCACCGGCACACUGUUCGCAGGCGCUUGUGGGGGCGCCACCAUGCUGCCACGUUCCUUCUCCCACCCCCUCCACCUGUCUACGCUACUAUACUAUACUGUACUAUACUAUACUAUACUAUACCGCACCUACACAAUAGUCACACCACCACGACCAUUGCUGCACCGAGCGCCGUCUCGCAUCUGCCAGCUGUCGUAUCCUCUCUCACACCAGCGUCAUAUCAUCACCUAAUCCUUCACUGUGCCCCACGCUGCAUCUCGCCCCAAUACUUCCUUCUCGCUCAGCUCCACGAUAUGCGUCGGCGACAGGCCAGAAAGAAGACUGCCGCCCGGUGCAUCACCAAGCUGCCACGUGCCACCCUCCCCAUUUCUCGCUCUGCAAGCAACCCCAAACUUCCUUCAACCCUUGACCCGGCUCAGCACUUUACAACCAAGCCGAUCCCCAGAGUUCGUCAUCUAGAGACAAUCACCACGCCAGCCCUGCCGACUUGA